GUCACGGCCAGUGAUUAGUAUAUUAACAUCCCAGGCCGGAUAGCAAAUUAAUCCAUUGAAAAUGGGAACCGAGCUGUAUUAUUAUUAUUAUUAUUACUCCAGACGGCCAUUAUUGUUGAGCAUGAUAAUAGUAAUAAUGCUCACAUUGCCUUGUUGUGGUGUUUCUGCCGCAGCGGAGUUGUGGUGGCAGUCAUCGCCGCCGGAGAAGCGCUCUCUGUACUUGGCCUUCGUGAAAGCCUCUUGCGAGAAGGACUGCCUUCACCCAAGCAUGUGCCUGGAGCAGCUGAGCCCACACGCCGACCAGAUUCAGGGGAGCAAGCGGCGGCUGGCCGCGUUCGCGUUGCAGCUCAGCCAGGCCAGCGUCAAAGCCGCAAAGGACGUGAUAUUGAGGAAGCUGGCGUCGGAGGCGCCGACGACGGAGAAGGAACAUUCUGCCAUGAGCGACUGCCGGGAAGCGGUGGGGAAUGCGGCGGAUGGGAUCAAAGGAUCCCUGCCGCCGCUGGCGCAUGCGGAGACUGGCAGCCCCGAUGAGUUCGGCGCGACCAUGAACGACGUGCUGACGUGGGUCAGCGCGGCGUUGACCGAUUUGGACACCUGCCUUGAUGGGUUGAGAGAGGCGGCGGCGGCAUCAUCUGAUUUGGGCGGUCAAGUUGAGUUUGCGUCCAACCUCACAAGCAUCUCACUUGCCAUGAUUACCUCUUUCGCUGCUCUUGGCCCGGCCCCCUGCCCCAAAACCCACCAACUCUUUUACAACGACGACCUUCCUUAAGAUUUCAUCAAAGAAAUUCCAUUACUCUAAGAAAAAUGGGAGGUAAAAAUGUGAUUUAUAACUUUAGUUAUUAUAUAUAACUUGUUCCAAGUUCUUACCAUAGUCACUAUAAACUAUAAUACUACGUAUGUUGUUCUAUACGUAAUAGUAACUUUGAACCGUUGCACUUUUUAUGCAGCGAUUCACUGUGGUUUAUUUUCUUUCACGGUGAAAGAUCGAAAAGCUUUAGUUUGUUUAACCUCGUGCUUUGGUUGAUGUAAAACCAAGAGUAAUUAAUAGCACGAUAUAUGUAUGGGCACUUUUGUGUAUUCAAAAUGGACUUCAUAGUUACGUACUAUCGUAUUAG